AUGGCGACAUGGAGAGAGCAAUAUCUAGCAGCCUUGCAAGCCCGGGAUAAUGUGGAGAAGGCCAACCUUGCGCUUUAUGACUACUGCACCAAGCUCGCAGAUGAGAGGGCCGAGUUACAGAAAAAAGCCAGACUUGCAGAGAGAGCAUCAUCUUCGGAGAACACGCCGGUACCGGAGCCUGUCACGUCUCCUGGAUGGGGGAUAAGGAGAGUCACCUCCCCGUCUACACAGGGAACGCGUCCGGACUCUCCUUCGGGUACAGCGUCUACCCUCGCCCAACUGAGGCAGGAUCUUUCCAAAGCCCAGACCGAGCGUGCCGACUUGCAAUUCCGCCUGGAAACGGCGCUCCGCGAGCUCGAGACCUUGAAAGGAAAGGCCAAAGCCGACAGCAAGCGCAUCACACAACUCAAUGCGUCCGUCUCGCAAUUAACGAUCAAGUUGAGAGACCGCGACGAAGAACUACGUGGCAAAGCCAAGUUGAUAGAGAGCGUCCAGGACGAGAACGUCACACUGACUCUACAGCUCAACAUGGCGGAGGAAAAGUCGCAGAAGUUGAAGAAGGACAAUCAGGACCUCGUCGAUCGAUGGAUGACGAGCAAGGGCAGGGAGGCCGAUAAGAUGAAUGAAGAGGGGAAGUUUGGAUGA